AUGAAAAUUAUUAAUACACCUGCUACACUAGACGAUUUAGAUAUUAUUCAUCAAUAUGAAGAAGCUUCUUAUCAUCCGGAUGAAGCUGCUUCGAGAAAGCAACUAGAGAACCGAAUUAUUUAUGCUUCAAAAUCAGGCCCUGAACUCUUUACAGUUGCGCGUGACAUGGAUAGUGAUGAUCAGAAAGUGAUUGCAUUUCUCUGUACAACAUUAACGAAUGCUGAUUUAGUCACAGAUGAAUCAAUGAGUGUUCAUGAACCUAAUGGUAAAACGAUUUGCUUACAUAGUGUAUGCGUUUCACCUGAUUAUCGUCAUAAAGGCAUUGGCACAAAACUCUUAUCAACAUGGAUAAAAGAACUGAAAGAUAUUAACAAAGCCAAUGGUAAUGGUCAAGGAAAAAAAUAUAAUCGUAUUGCUUUAUUAAGUCGACCUAAACUUGUAAGCUUUUACGAAAACGUUGGAUUUAAAAAAAUUGGAACUAGUGAAGUUGUUCAUGGCCCUGAACCUUGGAUAGAUUGCAUCUUGGAUCUUUAA